AAACAUGACAACGUCACAGACGGACAUAAACACAAAUUCAAACAGUUCGACGGCUGCCGCCGGCAUGGCCAACAAUAAUGCCGGUGGCAUGAACUGUGUUGACAAUGUCGGUGGUGUUGGUAGUGGUAACGGUGGUGGCGGCAACAGCACUGGUGGUGGAACCACCAACCUAUCAUCGAUGAAUAUCAAUAGCAAUGGAUCGGCCGUUGCCACCAACAGUGCUGUCAUCAGUGAAAUGGGAAAACGAAAAAAAUUGAAAUCUCGCAAUAGCACGACAUUACCAGCAUCGAUUUUGAAUAGCAGUAUUGGAAGUGGUGGUAGUGGUGGCUAUACAAAAGAUCAUUUGGAUGCUUGGCUGGAGACAUGCUUGAAAGAUGCCUCCGCUACCCAGCUGUCUUCAUCAUCGGAAUUUCUAGAUUAUAAUCCGACGGUAAAGACCAGCACAUCUAAUUCUGCAAAUAAUUUAAAUCAGAAGAAUCUCCUCUCGCAGCAGCAGCAACAAUCGCCAGUUUUCAAUAUGGCAAAUAUGGGCCAGCAGCAGCAACAACAACAAGCAAUGAAUUCACCACAACAACAACAAUUCGCCAUGCGAACAUCAUCAAAUCCCCUUAGCAAUAAUCUGCCAAAUAGUAGUAGUUAUAAUUUUCCAUUCAGUCAAGGGUUUCAGAGGCCCAUGCCGAACUUUAUGAAACCGUCCUCAAUGAAUGCCUUCAAUAAUCGUUAUUCGAUGAUAUAUCCAUCCAUGACGACCGGUGGUUAUUAUCCACAAAAUGAUGGUUCGCAGGACUUUGCCAGUCUACCGCCAAUGGUGAAUAUCAUGGGCGGCGGAAGUGGCGGUAAUUCAUCCGAACAUGAAAACAAUUCCACAGAUGUUUUAGAUGGCAGUGCCAGUAAUCCGAAUAUAAGUCGGGGUUUCAGAUUUAGCGACCCCUGUCUAUUGAAUCCUUCGGAUAACGAUUCGAAAAUGAGUGGUCAAAAUACGCCAGAUCGUCGUAAUAAUCUACCCAAUGAUAUGGAUCAAAAUAAUAAAUUCUUUAAUGUGUUGAUGGAACAAAUCCAAUUGCUGCACGAGACAAAUAGUAAAAUAUGCCGUGAUCUGCAUGAGGCCAAAGUUUGUAUUGAAGUUUUAAAGCACGCUCCCAAUUUGGGUAUGAGGCACCGUAGAGAUAGCAUAAGUGGAUUAAGUACCCAUAGUCAGCCGAUGGUGUUUGGCAGUGGAUUUGGAACCCAAAGUCCAGCGCCAUCAUAUCAUUCAGGUGCCUACACGCCCGGCAUAAUGACAGAUGUGGUACGUGAGGUCAAAGAGGCCGCCCGGGUACGUGAAGAUGCCCUCUUGAAUCGUGUCAAAGCUUUGGUAGAGGAACGCCAAUGGUCUAUGAAUGAAUCCAAUUUACGCAUGAUGAGAGAUAUUGAAGAGUUGAAGUCACAAGUUCAUCAUUUACGCUCGGAUCGCAAAGAAACCAAUAAACGUCUCAAUCACCUGGAGGCUGAAAAUAAAUACAUGCGUCAAAUGUUGGCUGCCCUCUAUCACAAUCGCAAUUCCGUACCCGAUAUCAUUUAUGAAAAUGAAACAUUACGUCCGCGUAAAUCAUUUCCCCAUACGAGGCGAAGUCAUCAACAAGCCAUAAAUUUACAUUAUGGCACAGUGCAACAACAAUCCCAGACAGGAACAUCUUCACUGGAUGAACAGGAAGAGGAGCCGUUACAUAUUGUGGAAACUCCCUCUACAACAUCGACGGCAGAUAUUGCUGCCCUUACAGGUCAACGUCCAGCUGAUAUGCGUCAUUCCUUUUCCAGUUCAGAUGGUGGUAGUAUUAAUGGUGGUGGUGGUGUCGGUGGAACUACAACAACCUCGACUAAAAUUUCCGGUCCCAUUAUGUCUCCACCCAAUUUUGCUUUAAUUUCCUCGGCCAGUGAUGAUGUGAAACGUAAAAAGGAAAAACCGGCCAAAAAGGCAUCAUCCGAUGAGUGCGAUACCGGUGACAUGUUGCCAACCAUUACCAAUGUAUCAUCGAAUCAGGAUUUACGCCGUGAAUUAAAUGAAGCUGUCAUUGCCCGUAAAGAAGCCGAUGAUCGUAUUAUAGCACUUGAGAAAUUGGUUAAAACUCUACAAGUAAAUGCAACUCAUCCCCCAUCCUCCAUGGCUAACAGUAAUAACCACCAUAAUACCACCACGAACUCCACCACAACCACAGAAAGUAAAACACAGCAAAAAUCGCCACAGCAACAGCAUCAUGUAGCUAAUGGUGAGGGUGGAAGUGUUCCUAAUAAAAGUAAAACUAAUAGUUCGGGAAUAACAACGGGUGCAGCUCCACAUAGUAAACCCACUAGACGUAGCACAACAGCAUCAACGGCUGCGGCCCAUAAAAGUAAAUGGUCAUCAUCGACGUCAACGACAACAACAACAGCACAUCAUCCCCAUACCUCUCAUCAUCAUCAGAGUGCCACAACAGUGCAUAGUUCACCGGUGAAAUUAAGUGUCGCUGGUCCCAUCACCGAUUUAUAG